UGACACUCAAAUGCUUCUCAGAUGUGGCAAAUGGCUCACAGAUCCACACGCACAAACACACAUGGAGGUCGGACACCCGCGCCUCGCUCCCACUGUCAUCAUUAUCUUUGGACCAGAUCAAGCAGAGGACAAAGCACUUUUUUAUUCCUCGGGAGGGGCUUAUUUCCGCAUUUGUGAAUCCAACGCCAACGAGCCGCGGGAGUCUAUUUAAAACACACGUGCAACACAACAAACCAUGACUUCUUCGGAUCAGCCAAAACGCGGAAUUAUCAUACAAAAGGAUGAUAAAGUAGAUCAAUAUUUUUAUUCUGUUAAAUUUGUUCUCACGUCAAGUUGGAUUCUCUCAAAAUACUUUCUCUAAACUUUUUAUUUGUAUUAUACUCUGGCGCCCUCUCUCGGGACUUUUGGGUUACUGUUGUUUUGGAUUUGAUUAUUUUUAUACAGCAGAUGCGACUGGAAUAGUCUCUUGUUGAUGACGCCACAGCGACGCACACUUAAGUCGCAUCGGUCAAGAUGGCGGCCUCCGUUCGUCCGCUGCUGGAGCGGAUGAUUUUUCGUCGAUCUUCCAGGGCAGUUUUCGUCUCCGCAGCGGACGGCUGGCGCCCGUCGCCCCGCUGCUACGCGACGCCGUCCUGCCGAAGUUUUAGCGGUGGAGCCGCGGAGAAAAGCACCCAUUUCGGUUUCGAAACUGUCCCGGAAUCCGAGAAGGCGAAGAAAGUGUACGCCGUGUUUGAGAACGUGGCGCACAAGUACGACGUGAUGAACGACGCCAUGAGUCUGGGCAUCCAUCGUCUGUGGAAAGACGCGCUGCUGCGUGCCGCGCACCCCCAGCCCGGGGCGCGCCUCCUGGACGUGGCCGGCGGAACAGGCGACAUCGCCUUCCGUUUCCUGGAAUACGUCGGCUCCCAGAAAAGGCGGCGGGAUGGGCGCUCUGCGUCGUGGCAGGACAUCUGCGAGAAGGACCCGGGCAACCGGGAGGAGGGCGAGGAAGGCGCGGCCCGGGACUCCAGGGUGGUGGUCUGCGACAUCAACAAGGAGAUGCUGAAAGUGGGCAGACGGAAGGCCCGGCGCACGGGCCUCGCCGACGGUGUGUUGUGGGUGGCGGGGGACGCGGAGGAGCUGCCGUUUGACGACGCUCAGUUUGACAUUUACACCAUCGCGUUUGGCCUUCGCAACGUCACGCACGUGGAGCUGGCCCUGCGCGAGGCCUUGCGGGUCCUGAAGCCCGGGGGCCGGUUCAUGUGCUUGGAGUUCAGCAAGGUGACCCAUCCCGUCUUGGCCAGGCUUUACGACGCUUACAGCUUCCAGGUGAUCCCGGUUUUGGGAGAGGUCAUCGCCGGGGACUGGAAAUCUUACCGCUAUUUGGUGGAAAGCAUCCGCAAGUUUCCCGCUCAGGAGGAGUUGAAGGAGCUGCUGGAGGAUGCGGGCUUUUGCUGCGUCGGCUACCGCAACUUGAGCGGCGGCGUGGUCUCCCUUCACUCGGGUUUCAAGCUGUGACGGCCACGAGGGCUCGCGUCUGCGCGACGCCGUCUUGCGCGCUACUGCCCGACGACCGCGAACGCCGUGCGCUCGGGGAAAGGACAACCUCGUCGUCCCCGGAUGAUCCCCGGGGGCUCGGGUGACCCCUGACCGGGGGGCCCGGAUCGGCAGUGUGAGGAGGAUGCUGCUAUUUUUUUUUUUGUUGUCAUCCAUUCUCAUCUGUUGUCCUUCUCCAUAAUCACAUUUUGGUCAUGAAACCCAAACCCCCCGCCCCCCAAAAAAAACAAAACAAAAAAAACCUAAAAUAAUUCCCUCCCUCCCCCCAAAAUGUGUUUCACUGCCAAAUAUGUUUUUCCAGAGUAUUUGGACUUCCUCCCAAACCCGAUUGGAUUGAAUGAGCAGCAGGCAAAGAGAAAGACGGGACACGUUGGGUUCUUCUUUGAAAUUCGAGUGUAUUAUUUGACAUGUCUCUAAUUACAAAAAAGGAGCGUACGGUACGUGACCAAAUGGGUUUGUUUGUUUGUUUUUUGGUCAGAAGGUUGAACGAUCUCGCUCGCCUGGUGUGCAAUUCAUUGCGUCUGUACAAAGGGCUCAAGCGCUUUCUCCGCCAUCAACUCCGAACAGAAGCCGCGGCUUCCAGAUAAAUAUAUUAGUCAAUAAAUAUUCCGAGAACAUC